CAAUAGGGAGGAGGAGGGGGCGGGGCCUGGGCUGGUCACCUUCACGUGAGGCCUGGACCUGAGGAGCAGCAACAGAGCAACAUGCAGGCGGCCCUGGAGGUCACGGCGAAGCACUGCGCCGAGGAAAUGGAGGCUUACGGGCAGUGCGUCACCUCAAAGCCCUCCACCUGGCAGCAGGACUGCCACCAGCUGAAGAUGAAGGUGGCUGAGUGCACGUCUUCUCAUCCCGUCAUUCAGAAGAUCCGCAGCGAAUGUUCUGCCCCCUUCGCGAGCUUCGAGCGGUGCAUGAGAGAGAACCCGGCUUCGAUGGUCAGCUGCACCAAACACGUCAACCAGUUCCUGGCCUGUGCCGAGAAGGUCAAAGUGCCCAGUUUAGGUGAAGGUGGAGCAGCAAGUGUGACUGGACCCCGGGUGUUAUUAACAGAGGCUGAUUCCCCCAGGAGCCGGCACGAACACGCUGCGACCACCGCUUGAGAGCUGGGGGCAGGGGAGAAGGGGAGAGCUUCACAACUGCCUGAGACGUGUCGCCAUGUAACUGCACAGAACUGAGGCCAGGACUUAACUGUAACCGAAAAGACUGGCCUUUAAUUUAUGGAAUUGAGACGACGUGGGAUUUUAUUUUUACGUACACACAGAAAGAUGAAAUAUAAUGAUAGCCAAUAAAAGACCAGAGGGAUUUGAGAAUGAAA